CAAAGGUCUCAAGCCUUGCACACCAUGGGCAAUGUCAUGGGCAACAUCGUGUUGAAGAAAUUGACUCCCGCCGAGCUCUACAAUAAGCUUCAGGACACACGAGAACUGCUCCUGGUGGUCGAUGUGGACAAAGAAGAUCAUGCUGAUGACGUCGGCGAGAUCUUGGAGACUACAGAACUCAACUUCAUGUCACCGCAGCUAUGCAAGAGGCUUCUUCGCAAGGUUAUGGUGAAUCGCCGCGCUAGAGGUUGGACCAUCGCGGUGCUGGGUCGCGAGGGUCGCCAGGCCCGAGCAGCAGAAGGUCUCUACAAAUGGAUUUCCGCCAAUGGCUUUGGUUUCACCCGGGACGAGACCAAGCGAAGUGACUCCUUAGUGAAAGAAGUCUGUGAACUUGCUGGCAGUACUGAAGACUUUUAUCGGUCCUUUCCGUUUCUGCAUGAAGGUCAUCCAUUUUUCGAACUUGGACGUUUAUAUCCUUCGCUGGUGGCUACAGCAGAUGAUGGUAGGGUUUUCCUCAGCAACUUUGGAGUUGCCAGCGACCCGCAUACCUACCAUGCCCUGGGAAUCCACUACGUGGUGAAUUGCUCAAGAGAUUUACCCUUUGUUGAUGAUGUGGUGUCUACUUUGCGCUCCAAGCCGCGAGACAAGAGCUCUUCAAUGCUUGAGGACACAGUCCAGAAACCAAUCAAAGCCGACCUCGAUGUACAGCUUGCAGCAAGACUCCGGGUGCCUGUGGAUGAUUCGAGCGACGUUCAGAUUUCGGAACAUUUUGCGGCGAGCGUGAGAUUUAUCGAAGAGUCCUUGCAAAAGAAAGAUGGCCAUGUCUUGAUUCAUUGCAAGCAUGGACAAAGCCGUUCAGCCACCAUCGCAGCUGCGUAUUUGUUGCACAAAGCAAAAGGGCAAAGUUCCCAAAGGGCAACUGUGGAUGAGGUUCUUGCAGAGCUCAAGAACUGUCGGCCAAGAGCCAGUCCAAAUCUCGGAUUCUUGCGGCAAUUGCACGAGUUUUCGGAAGGAGGCGAUUCUGAGACGAGAAUAGACUAGGUGAUGGCGAGUGUUUUAGGGUUUACAGUGGCUGGGAUACAUGCUUCGGCAUUAGUGCAGAUGGAUGCCGCACUGGCGCACGUGCCAGCAUUUCCAGUCUCUUCCAACAUUUCCAUGCUGCCAACGACUGGAAGUGCAACAUAUCCAACUUGUGCAAGGAAACUGAAGACUUAUUUUAAAUAGUUCCUUGUAGACAAUCAUUGGGAUAGAGAUCCCUCAUGACUGAUAACUUGAUGUUCCUUGACCCUGAAAUGGGCAUUUUGCUUGUUGUACAGCUUGUUUUGGUCCCGUUCGGGAGCCAGUUCGCCCAGCAAUUUAAAGUGCGACGGAGGAGUUUACGAGAAACACCCAUUUCUGGACCUUCCAAGAAGAGCAGAAGACAGAUCUUAGAACCAUUGGACAAUGCCACCGAUGGGA